GGUGUUGGCACACUUUGGAAUUCGAAAAUAUCUUCCCACUACAGAUGGUAUUUCAAAGGAAAAAAAGAAUCGAGUUUAUGAAGUUAAUAACAACCAAUAUACUAUCCCGAACGAGGAAUUGACUCAGUGGAGGGAUGCAUUUGAUCUUGCGACAGCAGCUAUAAAAGCUCGUUCAAACGACGCAAAUUGGAAUUGGAAUGACGCAACUGAACGACCCUUGAAUGAGUCGAGUACAAUAAUUGCAAGUUUCGUGGCACGAGGAAAAAAGAGACGUCGCUAUAAGUAUGAACGUAAAUAUUGGUGGCUGCAUAUGAAGGCAUUGAAAGAAGAACUUGAUAACAUAUCGCAGAGGGAAUUGGAAAUGCGUGAGUGCACAACAAAACUGCUUAAACUCGAAGGAAUAUGCAAUGUUCGGUCAGCCUUGGAAUACAUUGGGAGGCAGUUUGUUUGCGCUGGAUCAAAAGAAUCUGUCGGUACAAUAUUAUCGCAAUUAUCUGAGCAAAAAACCUUUGGGAGUUAUCUUCAAAACGUAUGCAAUUUAAACAACAUCACCCUUGAAUCUGUGAAAGAGUGUUUUAAUAAUCUCUAUGAUGCAUCAUUGAAAGACACUAAUGAUUACAGAGAUGAGAUUGUAAUUUGUGCAGAGUAUUGGGACGUAAACGAGAUAAUUGCUUUGAGUGCUAUUUUCAGGCACUUUCACGUGAAAUUUAUUUAUUGGGACAGAGUCUCAACAGAAGCAGAAUUUCCAUAUGAGGUACCAUAUUGGUUACCGACACUCGAAUACCAUAAACCAAGAUUUGCAGAGACUAUGCGUCAUUUUGGUUGCCACGAUUUAGAUUAG